ACAAAUAAACAUCUCUUCACCAUGACCGCUCCCAUCCAGAUCCCAACUCCCAAUUUCACCCUCGAGUCCUUCGACCUCCCCUCCACCAACCAGCGCAUCCUCGGCCCUCCGCAUCCCCCCAACACCGCCAUCCCGCUGGCUCUCCGACCAGCCUCCACCAUCCCCACCCUCGACACCAUCAUCCACGACAUCCAGACCCUCCAGCACAACCAGCUCUUCACCAAAUAUCUCUCCCGCCACGGCACGCUCCUCUUCCGCGGCCUCCCCAUCCACAACGCCUCCGACUUCAGCCGAUUCGCCCACGCCUUCGGCUACCGCCCGCACGAGAUCAUCGGCAUCGUGGUCGACCGACCCGUCCUCGCGCCCAACGUCGCGCCCGCCAACGAAUCCCCCAAGGAAAUCCUCAUCUACAACCACAACGAGUCGCCGCAGGUCCCCCACGCCCCCGAAUACAUCUUCUUCUACGGCCACCGCAGCCCGGCAGAUGGCGGUGAAACCCCCAUCUCCUCGUCGCUGGAGCUGUUUCAGCGCGCGCAGCGUGAACUCCCCACUUUUAUCGCCGAGCUCGCGGACAAGGGAAUCCUCAGUAAAGUGACCUACACGGUUACCCCGCAAUACAAAGGCGGAGCGACGCUCAGACAAGCAUUCGGGAAACACAUCCUCGACUCGGACGACGAGGACACCCAGCGUCGCAAGGUCGAAGCCCAAAUCAAGCGGUAUAAUCGGGGCGAGUACACGACGUGGGAAUGGACGGAUGAAGGGACCUUAGUGCUCACGCAUCGACUACCCGCGAUCCGGACGCAGGUGGGCACGAACCUGCCGGCGCUGUUCACGGGGCUGGCGGCGUAUUAUCGCAAUGUGAAGGUCAAUGGGCGCGGGAAUGCGGCGCAGCAGGUUUAUGGUGACGGGACGGCCAUUCCGGAGGAGUAUUUGGAACGGUUGGCGCGGAUUACGGAUGAGAUUCGCGUGCUGCAUCGCUGGGAGGAGGGCGAUGUGCUGGUUUAUGACAACGUUGUUGCGCAGCAUGGGAGGGAGCCGUGGAGGGGGGAGCAGGCGGAUCGAGUGGUGAUGGCGAGCUUGUUUGAUGGGGAGGUGCCGGGGGUGCAUGAAUUGCUCGAAAACCAUAAGAACAGCAUCAUUGGUCUAGUGGUAGAAUUCGUCGUUGCCAUCGACGAGGCCCGUGUUCGAUUCACGGAUGAUGCAUUCUUUUUGCUUUUGUUUUUGCCGCUAUACAACAUUGCCUAA